AUGCCUCACCCAAUAAAUCCAGCUUUACAACCAAAUACUCUAAAGAUCUCCAUCUUGGGUGCCGCAGGUGGUAUCGGCCAGUCAUUAUCGUUAUUACUGAAAACUCAAUUACAUUUCCCAUUGAAGACAAAUUCAACUCAAAGAGAUAAAAAUCAUAUCCAUUUAGCAUUAUACGAUGUCAAUGAAGAUGCCAUUAAUGGUGUCGUCGCUGAUUUGUCUCAUAUUGACACCCCUGUGUCCAUUUCCAAUCAUUCUCCUGCUACAGGUAUCAAAGAUUGUUUAAUGAAUUCAUCUUUAGUCAUCAUUCCUGCUGGGAUGCCAAGAAAACCAGGUAUGAAUCGUGAAGAUCUUUUCAAUAUUAACGCUAAAAUCAUGUCCAAUUUGACUGAUGAUAUCGCUAAAUAUUGUGAUCUUUCUAAAGUGUUUGUAUUGAUCAUCUCAAACCCUGUUAAUUCAUUAGUGCCAGUUAUGGUCAAUAGAUUAUGGCAUAAACAUCAAGAUGUCUCAAAGAAUACUCACAUUGAAAGAAGAAUCAUGGGUGUCACUAAAUUAGAUAUCGUUAGAGCAAAGACUUUCUUACAUGAAGUUACCAUCGAUGCUGAUAUUACUCCAAGAUCGAAUGAUAUGCCUGAUGUACCAGUUAUCGGUGGUCAUUCUGGUGAAACUAUUAUGCCAUUGUUCUCUCAAUCAAGAUCCUAUAAAUCCUUAGAUAAGGAUCAAUUGGCAUAUUUGAUUCAUCGUGUACAAUAUGGUGGUGACGAAGUCGUUAAGGCCAAGAAUGGUCUAGGUAGUGCCACUUUAUCAAUGGCUCAUGCAGGUUUUAAAGUCGUUAAUAAAUUUGUCUCCUUAUUGUUAGGUAACGUAUCUGAAAUCCAUGGGAUUUGUUACGUCUCUUUAUUAGAUUCUGAAGGUCAUCCAACUGCAAUGGGUAUGGAAAAAUUAUUACCUUUAAUUGAUAAUUGUGCCUUCUUCUCUAUCCCAAUGACAAUCACCAAGAAAGGUGUUACUUCUGUAGAUUAUGAUAUCGUUGAUAGAAUGGAUGAUCAUGAACGUAAUGAAAUGUUACCUUUAUGUUUACCAAAAUUAAAGAAAAGUGUAGAAACUGGUUCCAAAUUCGCUAUUGAGAACUAA